AUGAACGAGGGGAUAUGUGAGAGAACUGAUGGAAAAAAGGUAGAAGAGAAGCUCAUGAGUAGUUGUAGUAGGUGGAGUAAUGUAGAGGGGAAGCGGAUUCGAGACAUAGUCGCCGGUGUUGAUGAGUCUCAAUGGUCAACGAUUAGAGGUGAGCCUGCGGUUGCCAACAAGGGGUGGUGCGUAGAAUCUGCAUAUGAAGGCACUGAAGAAGGUCGAUGGCAGAGGAAGGCGCUGAAAAAGAUGCGACGUUGGCGGGGGGUCGACGAUGCAAGAGGGUCGACGACCAGGAAAGAGCACAAAGUGGUGGUCGGAGUGUGA